GUCUUCACAAAUUCGUGAAUUUCAUCAUCUGAGUUCUCUCAAAUUCCCUUCCUUUUUUUCUGUUCAUAGAUUUCAAGGUUUACUCUCGAUCUGUUCUUUACCUUAAUCUUCUGAAACUCUUUGGAACAAUCCAGAUUUUUGGUUAGCAGGUGGGAGAGCAUUAAUCAUGUAUUUAUGAUACACUGCUCUAUUAUUAUUACGAGAGUUGAAUGUUUCCUUUUUGACCGUUUUUAAAAGCCAAGGAAGAAGAAAGAGUGAAAGACUCUGUCUUUAAAACCUUUUUUUGGGAUAAAUUUGUCCAAAAUGCCAAUGUUUCAGCCUUCCAAGACCGGUGGCUUUGAUGGGCAUAUCUUAGAUCUACACACGGCCGUUAAAGACGGUGUUCUCAGCGGCUGCGGCGGCGGAGAUGGGAAAUUUGUGGUAGUUGUUACCGAUGAGAAGAAGAAAUUGGAUUUGAAGAAGAUGAUUUCUGAGCUGGAAUUACCUGAAAUACCCUCUGUUUUCAUCUGUCCAAUCUCUCUAGAGCCGAUGCAAGAUCCAGUGACCUUGUGUACUGGUCAAACCUACGAGAGGUCUAACAUUCUCAAAUGGUUCAAUUUAGGGCAUUGUACUUGCCCAACGACGAUGCAAGAGCUUUGGGAUGAUUUGGUCACUCCUAAUAAGACUCUUCAUCAAUUGAUCUACACUUGGUUUUCACAAAAGUAUGUUUUGAUGAAGAAACGAUCUGAAGAUGUGCAAGGACGAGCCAUUGAGAUUCUGGGUACAUUGAGAAAGGCUAAAGGGAAAGCAAAGGUUCAUGCUUUAAGCGAGCUUAAGCAAGUUGUGAUGGCUCACGCUAUUGCUAAGAAGACUGUUGUUGAUGAAGGUGGAGUCUUUGUGAUCUCUUCUCUUUUAAGUCCUUUUACUUCUCACGCUGUUGGAUCUGAGGCUAUAGCGAUUCUUGUUAAUCUUGAGCUUGAUUCUGAUUCCAAAGCUGGAUUGAUGCAACCAGCUAGAGUUUCGUUGAUGGUUGAUAUGUUGAAUGAUGGUUCGAUUGAAACUAAAAUCAAUUGUGCUAGAUUGAUAGGUAGGUUGGUGGAGGAGAAAGGUUUUAGAGCAGAGAUUGUUUCUAGUCAUAGUUUACUUGUUGGAUUAAUGAGAUUGGUUAAAGAUAGGAGACGAAGGAACGGAGUUUCCCCUGCGUUAACGUUGCUCAAAUCGGUUUCGGUUCAUAAGCAAGUUAGAAACUUGUUGGUUAGGAUUGGAGCAGUUCCUCAAUUGGUUGAUGUUUUGCCAUGUUUAGAUUCGGAGUGUUUGGAAUCAGCUCUUUUCGUGUUGGAUUCGUUGUGUUUAGAAAGCGAAGGGAGAAUUGCGUUGAAAGAUUCGGUUAAUACGAUUCCGCAUACUGUUAGGUUACUGAUGAAGGUAUCUGAGAAAUGCACAAACUAUGCGAUAUCGAUUCUUUGGUCCGUUUGCAAAUUAGCUUCUGAAGAAUGUUCAUCUCUUGCUGUUGAAGUUGGUUUGGCUGCAAAGCUUCUGCUUGUGAUCCAAAGUGGAUGUGAUCCAGCUUUGAAGCAACGUUCCGCUGAGCUAUUGAAGUUAUAUAUGGCUUGGUUAGCUAGAUCCAUUGCGAACUCACUCAAGCUCGAUGAGGAAGAUGAAGAUGAUCAAAAGCAUCUGAAUCAACCGUCGUCGGAAUCUGUAUCGGAUUCACAGUCUCCACGAGGCGUUAAGGAAGACAUUACCGAACUUACCAAGACCUUGAGAAGCCAAUUUUGGGGCGUAGCUUCGUUCCUUUCGCAACCUUCUUCAUCUCCGGAUCUUCUGGAGAGAAAUCAAACUCCCGAUCACGCGGAGGAAGGUGAGGAAGAAGACGAGGAUCUGAUUGCUGGGAUUAGGAACGAUUUCGCGGAGAUUGGUGGGAGAUUCAGGACUGGGAUUUCGAAGCUAUCUGGGAACUUACCUGUGUCUGAGUUCACAAAGAUCGCUUCGAAUUUCUUACAAUUGAAUUCAGAAGAUGUGGAUCCGAAAGAUUACGACGUAAUCGGAGUUACAGAGGAAUUAGUUUUGUUUGUGAAGGAUCUUGCGAUGCAUCCUGAGACUUGGUUGGAUUUUCCUUUACCUGAUGAUGACGACGAUAGCUUUGAUGACUUUGAAAUGGGCGAUGCUCAAUACGAGCACGCUUUGGCUGUGGAAAGGCUAGCACCGAGCUUGGCUUCUUUGAGGAUUGAGCUUUGCCCUGAAUAUAUGACUGAGAAUUGCUUCUGGAGGAUUUACUUUGUUCUUGUGCAUCCUAAACUCAGUGAAGAUGAUGCCUUGAUUCUCUCCACUCCUCAGGUACUCGAAGCAAGAGCAAUGUUAUCUCACGAACUGCAGAAAAGAAACAAGUUACCUGUAGAAGCAGGGAGUUCUUCUGAAACUAAUGCUGUCAUUGUGGAACCUCUUACUGUGCCUCCUUAUGAACCUUCACCGGAAUCAGGAACUGUCAAAAACGUAAAUCCAGUCGACUUUGAAACAGACAAGCACCCAAUUGAGAGCAAAGAGAUACAAAUUGUUGACAAAUCUGUCAUUGAAGAAAGAAGCACAUCAACUGCUUCUUCAUCUAGAUUUAUCAACGUGCACGUGGAUGACGAAGAAGAAGACGAUGCAGAUGAUUGGUUGAACGAUGAAGAGACUUCAUCUGUUAGCGCCAUUGAAGGAAGAUCAACCUCAAAUCAUCAUCCUCUUGGGGAAGACGAAGAAGAUGUAUCAUUCAGUGAUCUAGAAGAAGACAACGAUGGUGAAUCAGACGUGAAAGUGAGUUACAAGAACGUUACUAACUCUGGUUCUGAUUCUUCAGACAAAAAUUCACCAGAUUGGGUUCAGCUAAAAGAGGUAAAAGAGGAGAAAAAAUCAAACGACUGGCUUGAUGUUGAUGCAGUGUGAGGGACCUCCAAUGUUUCUUUUGGUAAUAUAUAACAUUACAUCUA